GUUCCAUUGUCCACAUAACAUGCUGCUAACAGGAGACCUGCCUCGUUCCUUGUAGUAAAAACGAACCACAAAUGGACCGCAGUUUGAAGCGCCGGCAGGUGAAGCCACUCGCUGCCUCCCUCCUAGAUGCCUUGGAUUAUGACAGCUCAGAUGACAGUGACUUUGAAGUGGGAGAUGCCUCAGGAUCAGACGGCACAGGCAAUGGCAGUGAUGAAGAAGGGUCUAAAGCGAGUGCUGCAGGUACAGGAAGCGAAUCGGACAAUGCUGCCUCUGCAGACGAUGGUAUAGACGAGGAGGAGGCCAAAGACCUGGCUGCUGAUGAAAACUUAACAGGAGAAGAAGAAAAGACCAAACAGCGGCCUUCGUCAGACAGCCCAACCAAAGACGCACCUACUGUCACCCUGCCUAAAGGCAGACGCAAGAGCAGGAAAACAUCAGAGCCUGAGACUGAGCCCGAGCCCGCUGCAGCUGCUGAUACCGCUUCCACUUCUGGCUCUGGCAGUGUGAACACUGACGAGAAUCAGGCAGAGCCCAAGAAAUGGAAUUUCCGCAGGAACCGCCCCUUGCUGGACUUCACCACAAUGGAAGAGCUAAAUGAGAUGGACGACUAUGACAGCGAGGAUGAUAAUGACUGGAGACCCACAGCAGGGAAGAAAAAAGGCAAAGCAGCCACCCAGAAAGGGGGCACUGAUGAAGAGGGGGGUGGCAGCGCAAGUGACGAUGACGACGACGAUGACGACGAUGAUAAUGAUGAUGACGAUGACGAUGACGAUGACGACGACGACGACGAUGACAAGGAAGAUGGUGAUGACAACAACAACAGCAGCAGUGAUACUGACAAAGAAGUGAAGAAGCCCAUGAAGAAGGCGAAGAACACCAGUACCUUCGAUGAAGAGCUUACGAAUGACAGCAUGUCCCAGGGAAAGGGCAAUGAGGAUGCCAUGCUGGACAGGUCCCAGACCUGGAGCACUCAGCACAUCCUCAUCUGUUGUGUGUGUCUGGGGGACAACAGCGAGGACGCAGACGAGAUCAUUCAGUGUGACAACUGUGGGGUCACCGUGCACGAAGGGUGUUAUGGUGUUGAUGGCGAAAGUGACUCGAUCAUGAGCUCAGCCUCUGAGAAUUCGACUGAGCCUUGGUUCUGUGACGCCUGUAAAAACGGAGUGACUCCGAGCUGUGAGCUGUGCCCCAACCAGGAUGGCAUCUUCAAAGAGACGGAUGCUGGGAGAUGGGUGCACGUGGUUUGUGCACUUUAUGUUCCUGGAGUAGCAUUUGGAGACAUUGAUAAACUACGACCAGUGACGCUCACAGAAAUGAAUUAUUCAAAAUACGGGGCCAAGGAAUGCAGUUUCUGUGAGGAUGCCCGUUUUGCCAGGACUGGUGUGUGCAUCAGCUGUGAUGCAGGGAUGUGUCGGUCCUACUUCCAUGUGACCUGUGCACAGAGGGAGGGGCUCCUGUCUGAGGCUGCAGCAGAGGAGGAUAUUGCAGACCCAUUUUUUGCGUACUGCAAACAGCAUGCAGACCGCUUUGACAGGAAGUGGAAAAGGAAGAAUUAUCUGGCCUUGCAAUCCUACUGUAAGGUCUCUCUGCAGGAGAGAGAAAGACAGCUUACUCCUGAAUCUCAGGCCCGAAUCACCACCCGCCUGCAGCAGUACAGGGCAAAAGCAGAGUUGUCAAGGAACACUCGGCCUCAGGCGUGGGUGCCCCGGGAAAAGCUGCCACGCCCUCUCACUUCUAGUGCCUCAGCCAUCAGGAAGCUGAUGAGGAAGGCAGAGCUGAUGGGCAUCAGCACCGACAUCUUCCCAGUGGACACGUCUGACACCAGCGCCAGCAUGGACGGACGCAGGAAACACAAGCAGCCUGCCCUCACAGCAGACUUUGUCAACUACUACCUUGAGCGGAACAUGCGAAUGAUCCAGAUCCAGGACAACAUCUCUGAACAGAAGAACUUAAAAGACAAGCUGGAGAGCGAGCAAGAAAAACUGCAUGUGGAGUACAACAAGCUCUGUGAGUCUCUGGAGGAGCUGCUGAAUGUGAAUGGAGAGCUGCGGGGUGAAGGCCAGGCCAUGUGGACUCUGCUGGGGGACAUCCUGGGCCAGAAACUAAACACUCCAGCUGUUCUGAAAGCCCCAAAAGAGAGGAAACCCAGCAAGAAGGAGGGAGGAACCCCAGGGAAGUCAUCCAGCAUGCCAGCAAUACUCUACAGCUGUGGCAUCUGUAAGAAGAACCAGGACCAACAUCUGCUGGUGCUAUGUGACACCUGUAAGCUUUACUACCACCUGGGCUGCCUGGAGCCACCACUUACACGCAUGCCCAAGAAGACCAAGAACAGCUACUGGCAAUGCUCCGAGUGUGACCAGGCCAGCAGUGAUGAGGCCGAUAUUGCCAUGGAGACGCUACCUGAUGGCACCAAGAGGUCCAGGAGACAGAUCAAAGGACCAAUCAAAUUCAUCCCACAGGAGAUGUCGCCAGAGCCCAAGAAACAACAAAGAACCAGAGGACAGAAGAGGAAGAGAGUUCCCAUCUGUGAAGACAAAACAGAGGAACCACUGCCACGGGAACGCCGUCGGCGGCAGUCUGCACUGCAGAAAAAACCUAAAGCCGAAGACAUGAGAACCGAGUGUACAACCUGCAAAGGACCGGGCGACAACGAAAACCUAGUGAGGUUGUGAGAGCCGGGGCAGCCACCUCACCUCCCAUACAAACUUGGGACAGAUGACCGUUGGCUUAGAGACAGAGAGAGACAAAUUGAGGCGUUUGAAGAAAGGCGCUCGGGUCAGGCUGAAGAACGAGACCGUCACGCCACCCUACAACCAACUCUGAUCCAAACUGGACCAACAACUGUCCAACGAAAAUUCAGCGGAACUGUCUAAAUCUAGAUUAUGGAAUCCAAACCUCGAAAGGUUGCUUUAAGCCAAUUAUGUUUGGUUUAUGUUGAAUUUCCAUCUGCUUUUAUCCACCACAAGUAUGUUUUUUUGUUUUGUUUUUAACAGUUGUGGCUUCAGUUGCAUCUAUGCAAACGUCUGCAUCUACAAAGUUCUGACUAGUUUUCUGUUUCUACAGUUCAUAUGUUGAAACAUUUUGGUGACUAAACAUAAAACUGUUCUGCUUGUCCAGUGAAGUUAGAACCAACAGAUUGAUGCAAUAUUUCAUAUAUAUCAUUUAUUAGACACUGAGCCCUGUAAUCUUUAAAAAUUCCGUCAUUGCUUCCUUAAUGUUUUUAUUUUGAAAUAGGAUGUUGGGGUAUUAGUCAGUGUCAGUGAGCCAUCAGUCUUAAGUAUAAACCAAUGCUCUGUCAUCUAUGGUCAGAUUGCUAUGGAGUACAUGUUAUACAGGCAGAGGUUUUACAGAUUAAGGAAUAACACCUACACACAAUGCAACAUAAAGUCACCACUGAAGAUCAACUGGUUUCCAGGAAGGUCAUGAUUUUUUUUAAGAUAUUAAGAUAUUUUAGAAUGUUUUGAAAUCUGGUUGUGCAUAAAUUGUGUAUGGCAGCUAAGUUCCAUUCUUUACCCCGUGGCAAACAGAGUGGCUUGUUUGUGGUAUUGCAUUGUGGAAGCACAGCAGAAAGUAUAAAAGUCACUGCUUGACUCUUGACAGCAACUGACUUCCGACUCCUGAAUCAAUCCUCUCUAUGCCUCUAGGCACUCACCUGCUUCUCCCACACAUGUUGAAAUACCUGAGAUCAACAGAUUUCUUUUUGUCAUUGCUCUCAGUCUGCUGCUCUGCACUUGUGACCUCUCCGUACGACUUCUCAUCAGUGCCAAUCAGUAGUAUUGAUUCAAGUCUUUUCCACCCAAACACUCGAAGAAUUUCAGUGUGAAUUUGGUUAAUUGCAGACACACUUGAACCUAGUCUUUCUAAGAUGUGAGUUUUGUGUUGUGUUUUUUAAGUAAGUGAGGGACCAGGAGUAUUUAUAAAAGUAAUUGUUUAUUGAAAAGCCAACUCAUUCUCGUCUUAGCAGUAAAGUAAUGCUACCAUAAAGCAUCUGUAGUAGAUACAAACUAGUAUAGUUAGUGGUAAUAGCACCUAAAUAUUAGUCCAAAUGUCUUAAGUGUCUUGAGGCAUUUAGAAGUCUUCCUCUGUCUCCAUAUCUUAAACUGACAGUAAAACUGACACGUCCUCAGACAGAAACCAAACUUUGUCUCCACGUCCCUGGUGGCCCAUAGUCAGUGCUGUCAAAACAGCUACUUGCUGCUCUGUCAGGGCUCAUGACAAGUGUCACAUUCUGCCCUCAUGUGUCACUCUCUUGCCUAUACAGGGCCCAAUAUGCAUGCUUUUGGGAGCAGUCAGACUCGUGCGGUUCUGCUGCCUUUUGCUUCUCCGGUAUGUGUCCAUGAACACCACCACAGUGGGUUUGUCCUCAGAGAUGAGAUGCAGAAUGACUUGCUGACUCCUGACCAGUUCUCUCCCAUCACUCAUAUUCAGUCUGUCUCAAAGACCAUGUGCCACUUCUACAAUGCAUGGCUUUGUAUGUUUACCCAGGUCUGUAUAAUAACUAAAAAUAAGUGGCGUGGUCUUAUAGAAGCUGAAUGCCAGGUAGUUACGUAGAGCGAGGAUGUGUACAGUAUUUAUUGAAGAGGCCAAACGUGUUCUUUUCUUUUUGUACCUUCAUACUUGAUCAACAUAUUAUCAUACGCUUGUGUUGUGAACAAAGGUGAACUCUGAUUUGUGGUGGAGCCUUGAAGCGACUACCAUAUUUUCAUUUAAAUUGUUAAACAUUUGUUUACAGACAUGCUUUGGAGGGAAUUUUUCAGACUAAUGUAUACUGUGUUACUGUGAUACUGUGUGAAGUAAGAAUAUGAAUGUUGCUGCUGUUGUGUAUGUGAAGUGUCUCAGCCUCUGGCCUAUAGCUCUUGAAAAUUAAGCAGAGCUUUAAUAAACUCUUGACUUUUUCACCUUA